AUGAUGAAUGUUGCAGCCUCUUCGGCUCCACAAGAACCCUUUACUGGGCCCAACUUGAACGUCACCCUUUCGUGUCCGGAAUGUAAAACCUACCCUCCCGACUUGAUUGAACGGUUUAGCGAAGGCGACAUAGUGUGUGGCACCUGUGGACUUGUAUUAAGUGACAGAGUGGUCGACACUAGGUCUGAAUGGAGAACUUUUAGUAACGAUGACAGAAAUGGAGAAGAUCCUAAUCGUGUGGGAGAUGCCAGUAACCCGUUGUUGGAUAGCGAGGACUUAUCUACAAUGAUCUCCUACGUCCCAAAUGAUGGAAGAGCAGGAAGAGACUUGAGUAGAGCUCAGCUGAAGUCUGCAAUAGACAGAAAAGAUUCCUCUUUAGUCGCAGCAUACUCAAAAAUAUCGCACAUGUGUGAGGGAUACCAGCUUCCAAGAGUAGUGCAAGAUGCUUCCAAAGAAAUCUACAAACUUGUACAUGACGAAAAACGUUUAAGGGGUAAAUCACAAGAAUCAAUAAUGGCAGCGUCGAUCUGUCUUGGAUGUCGUAAGGCAAACGUCGGUCGUUCUUUCUUGGAGAUUGCCGCAUUGACGAACGUACCCAAAAAGGAGUUAGGCAGAGUUUUCAAGACCAUGAUUCAGCUUCUCCAAGAAAAGCACUCCAACAACCCCGAUGUCAUGCAUAUGACCCAACAGCCAGUCAGUUCGACAUCUGCCGAAGAUUUGAUCAGACGGUUCUGCUCACAUUUGGGUUUAAGCACACAAAUAUCAAAUGCAGCCGAGUACAUAGCACGCCGGUGCAAAGACGAGCAGAUUUUGUCUGGUAGGUCUCCUAUUACGGUAGCGGCCACGGUGAUUUACAUGGCUUCUCUCAUUUUCAACGUUGAUGUUUCACCUGCCAGAAUCGCCGACAAGGCUGGAGUUAGUGACGGUACAAUCAAGACGUCAUACAAGGUAUUGUUUGAGGAAAAGGACAAAAUUCUUGACCCACUGUGGAAAAUUGACAAGGUCAAGUUGGGAGAAUAG